CGAAGGGUGUGAUUUACAACAUAUAUUAUCUGUCUCUUUUGUUGGAUACCAGGCGAAAUUAGAAGAUAUAAGAAAUAAAGAGACUCAUAAUAAUUUUGAACAUCUUCAGCGAAAAAACAUUCAGAUUGGACAAGUGCGUUUGAAGUUAAAAAAGUUGGAGUUGUACGACCUACCUCAAAUGACUUAUAUUUGGGUGGCUUCCAAGAGUUCACUUUUCCUCCAAUAUCUUAAAACAUUAGACAUAGAGGAAUGUGCAAAAUUGGAAGUAAUCUUUCCAUCGUGUGUUUUACGAUGCCUACCAAAAUUGAAGCAUCUAGAGAUAAGAGAAUGCACAGAAUUAAAGCAGAUCAUCGAAGAGGACGUGACUGAUAAAAAAUUGUCAGAUCAUUCUACACAGCCAUGCUUCCCAAAGCUAGUAGAUUUGGUUGUCAAAGAAUGCCACAAGUUGAAACGUUUCUUCUCUGCGUCUUCAUCUAGUGAUCUUCUCAACCUGGAGGUUCUUAUCAUAGAUGGAGCCACUGAACUAGAAGAGAUUAUUGGAUUUGAACAAGGAUUUUCCAGGAAUUCUUUUGCCUUCCGAAAUCUUGGAACAUUAAAUAUAACGAGAUGUGCAAAAUUGGAAGUAAUAUUUCCUCUGAGUGUUUUAAGAUGCCUAUCAGAGUUGAAGCGUCUAGAGAUAAGACAAUGCAAAGAAUUAAAGCAGAUCAUCGAAGAAGAUAAAAAAAUGUCAAAUCUUGUUUCUCUAGAACCAUGUUUCCCAAAACUAGAAGUGCUGGUUGUUGAACAAUGCCACAAGUUGAAACGUUUCUUCUCUGCAUAUGCAUCUAACGACCUUCCCAACCUAGAGCUUCUGAUCAUAGAUGGAGCCGCUGAACUAGAAGAACUUAUUGGAUUUAAACGUGGAAAAGGUGGUGAGAUAGAAAAGGCCAAAGUUGAACUUCCAAAACUGAAACUUUUUAUAUUUAUGCAACUCCCAACCCUUCACCAAGGGACUGAAUUGCUGACUGUAAAGCAUCGCAUUGUCCACAAUUGUCCAAAACUCUCUUUGACUUCAACGACUACUCUUCGGGAGCUCUGUGCAAAUAUUCCUUAUUCAGAUUUCGAAAACAUUGGACUUUCGCCGUUGGACUUUGUAUACUCGAUUUGUAAUAUGUUUGAAUCAGAUGAAGUUUCUACAAGUAGCGGCACGAAUGAGUUGCCUUCAUCACAGAUUAAUGAAAAAUCAGAGAACGAUUUUAUUGGGAAUAUUCCUGGUUCAGAAGUACAGGCUGCUGCAACUUCAACAAAUUCAGAGCCGAAUAAAAGGCCAACCCCAAGUCCCUUGGAUAAUUGUCAACGUGAAACACAUUCACAUGAGUUGGUGGAUGGGCAAUCAACGAGUCAAUCAUAUUUUACAGACCAACAAAGGCCACUUGGAAAAACUGAAAGUGCCAUUGGAAUUCCUCAGCAUGAGCAGAAUCCCGCGCCAGAAAACACUUCUCCAUUUCAAAUGAACCUAGAAGAUCCAUCAACAUCCAAAAGUAAACCACCUUCUCCACAAGUCAAUGAUAACAAUCAAUUUGUACUGGGAAGCAUAACUGAAACAGUACGUGAACAUAAGCAAUUUGAAAGCAGAGUAACUGUGUUCGAAACAGGCGAGUGCCCUGAAUUAGAGAGAGAAAACAAAAGGACAUCAAACUUACAAAAACUGGAGCAAAAAUUGUCACCCAUUUCUUCUCCAAACAUGAUAGAGUUCCUGGAUAAAGAAUCAAGCAAUGAAGCAGGUUUUCCAGACCAACAUGCACUUGGAGAAUCAAUGAAUAUUGAGGAAACAGGAAAAGAAAGCAUUCAAGAGGGGCAUCCGUUAGAGGGAGCUACGGUAAAAACGUUGUCAACUGGUGUAGGAAGCAUUAGCUUGGGUAGCGGUGUUGUGACUCUCACCGACAUUAGUAGCAGGGACAUACUUGCACAAGAUUUCCAAAUCCAAGAAAUAAUGCCAUGUCAAGAAAUCCAAAUCCAAGAAGGGUUGAACCUGAUGGAUAAACAAGAGGGAACAGGCAUUAUUUCUAAUAACAGCAUUGAGGUUUCUCCAGAUAUCCGUACAAGAUUGGGAGCAUAUAAGCACUUUGUUGAUCUGGAUGAUACACAAGUUGCUCUGCUGGAGGAGGCAGUAAAAAAAUAUCCUCAUCUUUGGAAUACUUGUGAGAUGUGUAGUGAGCGCUUUCAAGCUUUGAUGUUAAAAUCUUUGGCAGAAAUUUUGUUGUUCCUCCGGAAUGAAACUGCAGUUAGUAUUACUCCUCAGAGAAAAAAUGAGUUCCAUAGACUAUGCAAUGUAGCUGUUCAACUUGGAUUUGAGAGGUCAUGGGUUGAUGAAAUGCAUCAACGUGUUGUAGCGAGGGAUCCUGAGUUGGACAAUGCACGAGCAGCAAUCCGGAAGCUUCUUAAGAGGCGUGAUCAUUUAACUCAGGAACUACGCGACAUACAGAAUGAACUUAAGAUUCUUGAUGACUUUCUUGAUGCCCAGACAAAAUGUUUCGACUUUUGAUGAUUUAGAAGUUCUAGCCCUACGUGUUGGACGUGUCCCACUUGUGGGGAUUUUCUGUUUCUCCAUACAAAUACACUUUGCAAUUCUUCUAAGAAUGAGACUAUCAGUUUCUGAGUCUACUGUGUUCUUUGGGAUGUGUAAUGCUAGCAAUUUAAGUUUGCUAUGCAGCAUUUUAUUAUGUGGAAAAUGGAUAUUAUUAUUGUUUUGGACUUUUGCGCGA